CAUAUCAUUGACUCCUUGCUCUUCAUGACAAAGCUUGUUUCAUUAGAAAAAUAUCCUCAACUUCUCCACAAUGAAGCAACAUGCUGUUCAAAGCUCACAACACAUGCCAUUAUUCAUGGAUUCUCAUGUUUGAUCAUGAAGGAAGGAUCAAUUGGACCUCAAGUGUCCAAGAGAAAGAGCACUAUUUGCUAUGAAGGAUUUGUGAGCAAUGAGGAUGCAAAGGUGGUGAUUGGCAAGCUUGGUUUGUGGAGUUGUUCUUCUUCUUCAAAGAGAAGUAAGGAUAAUCAGCUUCUAGAAGAAGGAGUUUAUAGAUUGUUAGAAGAGAAGGAAGCAAGCUUGACAGAAUUGGAAGAGGCUUUCACUGUGUUUGAUGAGGAUGGAGAUGGAUUCAUGAAUCAAAGGGACUUGUUUAGAGUUAUGAACAAGUUGGGGUUUGAAGGAGUUAAAGUAGAGGAGUGCAAGAAGAUGAUUAAGGUAUAUGAUUUGGAUGGUGAUGGUUGUAUUAGUUUCAAAGAGUUUAGGUUCAUGUUAGAAUGUGCAACAUAGUAAGUUAUAUAUAUAACUCUAUGAAUUAGAACUUCUUCUAGUUCUUCUCUCUGUAUUUCCUUCUAUGUUUUUAU